AUGGUUCUUCAAACCUUCUUGUUGCUGGCCUCAGCACUACUGGCCCGGGGUGCCCUAAGCCAACCUGACAACGUCCGUCGCGCUGCUCCGACCGGGCCGGCCGCCUGGGAUGCCGCUUACUCACAGGCUGCUGCCGCCGUGUCGAGAUUAUCACAGCAAGACAAAAUCAACAUCGUCACCGGCGUUGGCUGGGGCAAGGGUCCUUGCGUCGGCAAUACGAACCCUGUCUACAGCAUCAACUACCCACAACUCUGCCUGCAGGAUGGCCCCCUGGGUAUCCGCUCCGCCACCAGCGUCACGGCCUUCACGCCAGGCAUUCAAGCCGCGUCAACCUGGGAUGUUGAGUUAAUCCGGCAGCGUGGUGUCUACCUGGGACAGGAAGCCCGGGGAACUGGCGUCCACGUCCUGCUCGGCCCCGUGGCCGGUGCUCUUGGCAAGAUCCCACACGGAGGCCGUAACUGGGAAGCCUUCGGCUCGGACCCCUACUUGACCGGUAUCGCUAUGUCCGAGACCAUCGAGGGCAUUCAGUCGGAAGGUGUGCAGGCUUGUGCUAAGCACUACAUCGCCAAUGAGCAGGAAUUCAACCGCGAGACAAUGAGCAGCAACGUCGACGACCGCACCAUGCACGAGCUGUACCUCUGGCCGUUCGCCGACGCCGUGCACUCCAACGUGGCCAGCGUCAUGUGCAGCUACAACAAGCUCAACGGCACCUGGCUCUGCGAGAACGACAGGGCACAGAACCAGCUGCUAAAGAAGGAACUCGGCUUCCGCGGCUACAUUGUGAGCGACUGGAACGCGCAGCACACCACCGUGGGCUCGGCCAACAGUGGCAUGGACAUGACCAUGCCUGGCAGCGACUUCAAUGGCUGGAACGUCCUCUGGGGCCCGCAGCUCAACAACGCCGUCAACAGCGGCCAGGUCUCGCAAUCCCGCCUCAAUGACAUGGUCCAGCGCAUUCUUGCUGCCUGGUACCUCCUCGGCCAGAAUUCCGGCUAUCCACCCAUCAACCUCCGCGCCAAUGUCCAGGCUAACCACAAAGAGAAUGUGCGUGCCGUCGCCCGCGAUGGUAUCGUGCUGCUCAAGAACGACGGCAUUUUGCCUCUUCAGCGCCCCAACAAGAUUGCUCUUGUCGGCUCCGCCGCAGUCGUCAACCCUCGAGGCAUGAAUGCCUGCGUUGACCGUGGCUGCAACGAGGGUGCCCUUGGUAUGGGCUGGGGCUCCGGUACUGUCGAGUAUCCCUACUUUGUUGCUCCCUACGAUGCUCUACACGAACGCGCCCAGCGCGAUGGCACUCAGAUUAGCCUACAUGCGUCGGACAAUACGAAUGGAGUUAACAACGUAGUGCAAGGCGCUGACGCGGCGUUUGUGUUCAUCACAGCUGACUCCGGCGAAGGGUACAUUACCGUUGAAGGUCAUGCUGGCGACCGGAAUCAUCUGGAUCCUUGGCAUAACGGUAACCAGCUUGUGCAGGCUGUUGCGCAGGCGAAUAAAAACGUCAUUGUGGUUGUGCACAGCGUUGGGCCAAUUAUUCUCGAGACGAUCCUCAACACUCCGGGUGUGAGGGCUAUUGUUUGGGCUGGCUUGCCGAGCCAAGAAAGCGGUAACGCUCUGGUUGAUGUGCUCUACGGCCUUGUUUCGCCGUCGGGUAAGCUUGUCUACACCAUUGCGAAGAACCCGAACGACUACCCGACUAGCGUUGUCCGUGGCGAUGAUAACUUCCGCGAGGGUCUAUUCAUCGACUACAGGCACUUCGAUAACGCCCGGAUCGAACCUCGUUUCGAGUUUGGCUUUGGUCUCUCAUACACCAACUUCAGCUACUCCAACCUGGGCAUCUCUUCGUCCGCGACCGCCGGCCCAGCCACGGGGCCCACUAUCCCUGGUGGCCCAGCCGACCUCUGGGACUACGUCGCGACCGUCACAGCGACCAUUACCAACACAGGUGGCGUCGAAGGCGCCGAGGUCGCCCAGCUGUACAUCUCCCUGCCGUCAUCGGCGCCCGCAACCCCGCCGAAGCAGCUCCGUGGGUUCGCUAAGCUUAAGUUGGCGCCUGGUCAGAGCCGAACGGCUACAUUUAGGUUGAGGAAGAGGGAUUUGGCUUAUUGGGAUGUGAGGAGGCAGAAUUGGGUUGUGCCGUCAGGGAGGUUUGGCGUGCUUGUGGGGGCUAGUUCGAGGGAUAUUAGACUGCAGGGGGAGAUUGUUGUUUAG